AUGCUCCAUCAUGCUGAAGGUGGCAUGAGUGUACCUGAUCUACAAGAACUGAUUGAGAGGCGGAUUCCGGAUCAUAGAAAUCAACUAGAAACAAGUUACUCGAACUUAGCCAAUGUUGCAGCAUAUUUGAAAAAUAAUUAUGUAACAUCAAAUAACCAGCAACAUGCAUUGGACGAGACAAAACAGUACGCAAUUCAAUCUCUGGCUAGUCUUGCAUAUCAGAUCAACAAAAUGGCAACGGAUUUGAAUGAUAUGCUUGCUCUACAAACAGACAAAAUCGACUCGUUGGUAAAUCAAGUGCAAUAUGUUAAUCAAGUUGUGGACGUUCACAAAGAAAAGCUUGCCAGACGAGAAAUCGGAGCUUUGACAUGCAACAAAACUCUGUUCAAGCAACCGAAAAUCAUCGCUCCAGCUGUGCAAGAACCCAAAAUCAGAUAUCAACGAACACCAAUCGAUUUCUCAUGUCUUGAUGGAAUCGGGCAUGGUGUCAGAAUAGCCGAACCAUCUCGCAGCGGAACCACCAUAUCCCGAGCGGCUUCAGCGAUAUCCUCCUCUAACCCAUCUGCUCAUAGCCAGCUGUAUAAUGAUUCUCCUGCCUAUGGAAGCUAUGCUGGAGAACGAACCGCAACUCUUGGAAGAGCUUCAAGACCAUACGCUCCCUCUAUUGCCCCAUCUGACUAUCGGCUGCCACAGAUGACAUCGGAGUCUCGAAUGACUCGACAAAUUAGCCACGGUUCGGAAUUUGGCGAGCAUAUGAGUGGAGGAGGAAGCGGAAGUCAGCACGGAUCAUCCGACUACAAUUCCAUUUAUCAGCAAGACAGAUACGGAACAAUACGAGCUGGAAAUCGAACAGAUGGAAUGGCUGCGAUUUCUGUUCCAAGACUUUCAUCGGCCCAAAGUAGCACCGGUGGUCCUGAAUCUCCUACAUUCCCACUUCCACCACCUCAACUUUCUUCGUUGCACUACAAUGGAUACGUGGCGCCUGGAAGUGUAGUUCAGCAGCAGCAGCAACAACAACAGCAAUAUCAACAACAAAUGCAACAGCAACAAAGUUACGGGACUAUAAGGAAGCCUACAGUUACAAGAAAUGACCUCCCACCACCACCGCCAUCAAUGUUGAAUCCUUUGUCGAGUCAACUAUCCACCCAAGAUGAUAUGGAUGACCUGCCACCACCUCCAGAAUCCGUUGGAGGAUCUUCAGCAUACGGAGUUUUUAAUAGGACGGAAUCCUAUACUUCAAGCCAACCGCCUAGUUUAUUCGAUACCAGUGCCGGUUGGAUGCCAAAUGAGUAUCUAGAAAAAGUACGGGUCCUUUACGACUACGACGCUCAGAAAGAAGACGAGUUGACACUUCGAGAAAAUGCCAUUGUGUACGUGCUAAAGAAAAAUGACGACGACUGGUACGAAGGAGUGCUUGAUGGUGUGACAGGCCUCUUCCCUGGAAACUACGUUGUCCCGAUGUGA